AUGCAAGAAACAGAAGGAAAGGUUAGUGUAAUAAAACUUUUCAAAUAUUCUGAUUGGAUUGACGUGAUUUUAGUACUAGUUGGACUUAUAAGUUCAUUAGGAAAUGGAGUAAUGCAACCACUCAUGAUGCUUUUGAUGGGAGACAUGGUUAAUAGUUAUAUUUAUACACCAGGUGAUAAUACAAUAAUAGAUGAAGAAGUUAAUCACAUGAUUGUUGAAGGAGUAAAAGAGUCAGUGAAUAAAGUAGUUGUGAAGAUGGUAUAUUUUGGAGUGAUAAGUAUGGUGUUGAGUUUUCUGAGAACAUUUUCAUUGUUUGUAGUUUCACAAAGAGAAGGAAUUAAACCGAGAAGAUUAUAUUUCAAGUCAUUAUUAAGACAAGACGCAACAUGGUAUGAUUUUCAAGAAUCAGGAGAAUUGACAGCAAGAAUAGCAACAGAUAUUAAAAAUUAUCAAGAUGGAAUUGGUCCAAAAUUUGGAAUGAUUUUUCAAAUAAUCUCAAUGGUUAUUACAGGGUAUGUUAUUGGAUUUACAAAAUGUUGGGAUCUUGCAUUAGUUGUGUUGGCAACUGUUCCAUUUUCAUCCUUUUCUUUCACAAUAUUCCAAAUAAUUGGAAUGAAAUAUGAAACAAAAGCAUUAAAUGUGUUUGGAGCAGCUGGUGCUAUUGCAGAAGAGACAAUAGGAAAUAUUAGAACAGUUCAAUCAUUAAAUCAAGAAAAUGAAUUUAUUGAAGAAUAUGAAGAAAAAAUAAAACAAAAUGAACACUUUAAUGGAAUUAAAGGACAAUGUCUUGGAUUAGGAUUUUCAGUUAUUACAUUUUUCAUGAUUGCAUCUUAUGCACUUGGAAGUUGGUAUGGUUCAUUAGUCAUUAGAGGAAAAGGAGGAAGUAAAGGUGUAUUUGCUGGUGAUGUAUUAAUGGUGUUCAUGUCAGUAUUAUCUGCAUCACAAACAUUAUCAAUGAUUGCAACACCAUUAAAUUUGUUAUUUUCAGCAAAAGCAUCAGCCUAUAAAAUAUUUACAACAAUUGAUAGAAUCCCAGAUAUUGAUUGUCAGUCUAUUGGAGGUGAAUGUCCAACUGAGUGUAAUGGGAAUAUUAGAUUUGAUGAUGUUCAAUUUGUUUAUCCAACAAGACCAUCUCAUCAUGUAUUAAAAGGAAUUGACCUUGAAAUUAAGAAAGGAGAAAUAAUUGCAUUAGUUGGAGCAUCAGGAUGUAGAAAGUCAACUACUAUUCAAUUAAUCCAAAGAAAUUAUGAACCAAAUGGUGGAAGAGUAACAUUAGAUGGGAAAGACAUAAGAGAGUUGAAUAUCAAAUGGUUAAGAAAUCAAAUAGGAAUAGUUGGACAAGAACCAGUAUUAUUUUCAGGAACAAUUGGAGAAAAUAUCAUGCUUGGAGCUAAAGAAGGAGAAACACUAAGUAAAGAAGAGAUGAUUGAAUGUACUAAAAUGGCAAAUGCACAUGACUUUAUUUCUAAACUUCCAGAAGGAUAUGACACAAUAAUUGGAGAAAAAGGAGCAUUAUUAUCAGGAGGACAAAAACAAAGAAUUGCAAUUGCACGUGCAUUGAUUCGAAACCCAUCUAUUCUUCUUCUUGAUGAAGCUACAUCAGCACUUGAUACACAAAGUGAAAAGAUUGUACAAGAAGCACUUGACAAAGCAUCAAAAGGAAGAACAACAAUUAUUGUAGGACAUAGACUAUCGACUAUUCAAAAUGCAGAUCAAAUAUGUGUUAUUAUGAGAGGAAAAAUAGUAGAACAAGGAACACAUCAAGAAUUAAUGGAUUUGAAAGGAUUUUAUUAUACACUUGCUAUGCAACAAUUUGGAACUGUGAAUUAA